ACCCCCGCCCCUGGGGGUUUAUUAAUUUAUUAAUUAGUCGAUGGUGGUGUCUCCUCCCCGCCCCCCCCCCCCCCCCCCCGCGCAGUGGGUGGUGGCGGCCGCGGGCCGGGGUAGCGGUGGGGCCGGGAUGUGGCGGCGGCUGCGGGCGCUGAGGGACUGCGGGCGGAGAUGGCAGCACCGCCCGGCCAUCCAGGUGACCAACGAGCCCAUCCUGGAGUUCAAGCCGGGGAGCCCCGAGCGAGCGGCGCUCCAGAAGGCCCUGGCUGACCUGAAGGGCAAGACCGAGGACAUCCCGUGUGUCAUCGGGGGGGAGGAGGUGUGGACCCCCACGGUGAGGUACCAGCUCUCGCCCUUUAACCAUGCACACAAGGUGGCCAAGUACUGCUACGCCAGCAAGGAUCUCAUUAACAAAGCCAUUAACGCUGCCUUGGCAGCCAGGAAGGAAUGGGACCUGAAGCCUGUACAGGACCGGGCCCAGAUCUUCCUGAAGGCGGCUGACAUGCUGAGCGGCCCGCGGCGGGCUGAGGUGCUGGCCAAGACCAUGGUCGGGCAGGCCAAGACCGUGAUCCAGGCCGAGAUCGACGCCGCUGCCGAGCUCAUCGAUUUCUUCCGCUUCAACGCCAAGUACGCGCUGGAGCUGGAGCAGAGCCAGCCCCUGAGCGUGGACAUCAGCACCAACUCCAUGGUCUACCGGGGGCUGGAGGGCUUCGUGGCUGCCGUGUCCCCCUUCAACUUCACGGCCAUCGGGGGCAACCUGGCGGGGGCUCCAGCGCUGAUGGGGAACGUGGUGCUCUGGAAGCCCAGCGACACGGCCCUGCUCUCCAGCUACGCCGUCUACAAGAUCCUGCUGGAGGCGGGGCUGCCCCCCAACGUGGUGCAGUUCGUGCCCUCGGAUGGCCCCGAGUUUGGGGACACUGUCACCAGCUCCGAGCACUUCUGUGGCCUCAACUUCACCGGCAGCGUGCCAACCUUCCGGCGGCUCUGGAAGCAGGUCUCGGAGAACCUGGAGCGCUACCGCAACUUCCCACGCCUGGCCGGAGAGUGCGGCGGGAAGAACUUCCACGUGCUGCACCGCUCGGCGGACGUGGGCAGCGCCGUCAACGGGACCCUGCGCUCGGCCUUCGAGUUCGGCGGGCAGAAGUGCUCCGCCUGCUCGCGGCUCUACGCGCCCGCCUCGCUGUGGCCCCACAUCAAAGAGAAGCUGCUGGAGGAGCACGGGAAGAUCAAAGUGGGAGAUCCCACCCAGGACUUUGGGACGUUCUUCUCGGCCGUGAUCGAUGACAAGUCCUUUGCCCGGAUCAAGGGGUGGCUGCAGCACGCCCGGAGCUCCCCCAACCUGACGGUGCUGGCGGGCGGCGGCUGCGACGACAGCGUGGGCUACUUCGUGGAGCCCUGCAUCGUGGAGAGCAGGGACCCCCGGGACCCCAUCAUGAGAGAGGAGAUCUUCGGGCCCAUCCUGACGGUGUUCGUGUACCCCGAGGAUCGGUACCGGGAGGUGCUGGAGCUCAUCGACAGCAGCACCCCCUACGGCCUCACGGGGGCGAUCUUCGCCCAGGAGAAGGCUGCCAUCGAGGAGUCCCUCAGGCUGCUGCGCCACGCCGCCGGCAACUUCUACAUCAACGACAAAUCCACGGGCUCCGUGGUGGCCCAGCAGCCCUUCGGGGGCUCCCGCAUCUCAGGCACCAAUGACAAGCCUGGGGGUCCCCACUACCUGCUGCGCUGGACGUCCCCUCAGGCCAUCAAGGAGACGCACGUGCCCCUGGGGGACUGGCGCUACGCCUACAUGCAGUGACCCUGGGGACAGCCAGCCCGAGGACAGCUGCCACCCCCACAGCACUUACACUACUGACCCCUGACCCCCCUCCUGGGAGUUCUUUAAAAAAAGGAAGGAAAAAAAAAAAAAAAAAAAAAGGCGUUGUUCAGUGAUAAAGCUCAGAGCUCCUCUUGGUGUCCUCCGUCGGGUAGCACUUGGGGACACGAUGGUGAGUGUGGCAGUGGUUGGAUUUGAUGACUUUAAAGGUCUUUUCCAACCUCAGUGAUUCUGUGUGAGCGUGCUUAAUUAGGUGAGUUGUUAAUUAAGGGGUGGCUGCAGAGGCACAGCUGGACCCGGCUCCCUUUCCCUCCCGCUUCUCCCAUGCCCGGAGCAGUUCCCUCCCCAGGGCACCGAGAGGAUCAGAGCAGAAGCUGAGACCUGUCCCUGUCACCUGUACCCAGCCAUGUCCCUCCCUGUCCCCAGCAGCCCCAAUCCCUGCCCUGGCAGGGCAGCCAGGCUGGUUCUAUCCCCUGAGCUGGGCUUUGUCCCCAGCCUGAGCCCCCUCACAGCCCCUGGGCUGGGCAGGAGCCUCGAGCCAGGAGAGGGCAGCUCUGGAGAGGGCAGCUCUGGUGCUGCCUGGAGUGAGCCCCAGUGCCUUAUCCCAGUUCCCUUCCCGGCCCCUGUGCCUUAUCCCCCUCCCAGCCCCAUGCCAUCCCUCAGACCCUCGGCCCUCCCAGCUGGGCUCAGGCUGCAGCAGCCCCCCCUCUGUGCCCUGGCUUUGCCGCUGGGCCAAGGCCAGGCUGGCCCUGCUCUCCCAUCCCUGUGUGUGCCCUGGCAGGGCUGGGAGAGCUGCUGGUGCUGGGACUGGGGAUCAGGGAAUGUCCUGCUCCAGCUGCCUGGGGGGGAGCCUUCCCUGCCCCACAUGCGAGGGGCAGGGGCUGCGGGAGCUGCAGGAGCUGUGGGAGCUGCAGGAGUUGCGAGGGCUGCAGGAGUUGCAAGGGCUGCAGGAGCUGCCGCCCUCCCAUCCUGGGAGCUGCUGUCCCACCCGAGCCCAGCCCCAGGGCUCUGCCAGCUGCCAAGACCAGACCUUAAAGCAGUCCUCAUACCAGGCCUUAAACCAGGAGUUAAAAUUAAACCAGGCCUUAAACCAAGAGUUAAAUCAGGUGUUAAACCAGAAAAUAAACCAGGCCUUAAACCAGGCCUUAAACCAGGUGUUAAACCAGGAGUUAAAUCAGGCCUAAAAUCAGGACUUAAAAUUAAAGCAGGAGAUAAACCAAUAGAUAAAUGAGGCAUUAAACCAGGAGUUAAAAUUAAACCAGUCCUUAAAUCAGGACUUAAACCAGGCCUUAAGCCAUGAGAUGAACCAGGCCUUAAAUGAGGAGUUAAAGCAGGCCUGAGCCUGGGCUCUCCCCAGCCAGGCUCGGGUGGGAGCUGCCCUGUGAACAGAAGGGGUCUGGAGCACACGGCCCUGCUCCUCCAGGCUCAGCCCUAAUCACAAAUGGGUUUGUUUCUCACCCCUAGGAUUAAUUACUGCUCAAUUAACUGCUCAAUCAGCAGCGUUUGCAGCCCUGGGUGUGGGGCAGUGGUGGCACUGCCCCUGGGCGGGGCAGGAGUGGCUGGAGCUCCUGUGCAUCCUGGCUCAGCUGGAUAAACCUGCAAUAAAUUCAUUUUCAAGCCUC